AUGGACGCGGCCCUGGAGGAGGCGGUCCGGGCCUCCGCCCGAGUGGCCGCCUCGGCCGGCAGCUCGGUCGUGGCGGAGGUGCGGGCCGCCACCCGGGAGCUGAGGGACAGCCCCCGCCGUCGCCGUCAGGUGGACGACGGCCACCAGCGCCUCCGGGAGCAGCUCUCGGGUGCCGGGGCCGAGCACCAGCGGCUGGCGAGGCAGCACGGCGAGUUGAGCCGGCAGCACGGGGAGGUGGCCGCGCAGCUGCCGGAGCUGCGGCAGGCGGUCCAGGGCGCCGUCGCGGGCGCCGCCGCCGCGUCCAGGGCGCUGUCGCAGGUGUCCACGGAGUGCGGCCAGAGGAUCGAGGAGCUGAGCCGCCGUGUCGGCGCGCUGGCCCAGGCGGAGCAGCAGCGCCAGGCCGACGCGCAGGACGCUACGCUCGGCCUGGGCGAGCGCCUUGAGGAGCUCGACCGGCGCGUGCGGCUGCUCGCCCGGGACGACGGGCACGACGUCAAGCUGACGCAGCAGCGGGAGGCGCAGAUCGAGGAGCUGGCAGACUUCUGCCGCCAGCGCACGGCGGCGGUGGAGAGCAAGAUCGACCAGGUCUACAAGGAAUUCGGGCAACACUUCGGCGGCCUGGAGCAGAGCAUCGCGAGAGGGGCGCGGUGCGAGAGGGCGCUGGAGGAGCUUGGCGCGCGGGCCAAGCAGGAGGCGUCGCGGUCGGCGCAGGGCGUGGCCGAGCUGGAGGCGCAGGUGCGGCACCUGCAGCAGUCCGAGAAGCGGCGCGCAGAGAUCGGAAAGCUGGUGCAAACCAGCUCUGGCCCGGCAGGGCGGCGCCGCGCCGACGUCGGCGGCGGCGUCUGCGAGGGCGCGCGGAGGGUUGCGGAGUACCAGAGCUCAUUCGAUUGUAUCAGCUGGUUGCACUAUGCGGUGGAUCUGUAG